GAGGGACUGGAACGGAAGUGCCGAGAGUCUAGCGAGCGCCGUUUUGCAACGACAACGUGGGAUCUAGGCACCCUGAGCUGGUUUGACGAAAGCUUGAUCCCCAAGACCGAGAAUCCAGUGGUGGGAGUUGCAGCGGUUACCACUCGAGGCGGUCGAGCAAGAUCACCUGCGGGUGUCAUGCAAGAGGAUCUGAUCCGGGAGAUCCGGGUCGAUCGGAUCAAGCAGGCCCAGGAGGAAGAAGUCUGGAUCGCCGGCAUGAAGAAGUAUCUGAGUGGCUCGAUCGCAGAUCUCACUCACACAAGCGGAAGCAAGAUCAUCGCGGCCGACUACGAAGUAGACGAGCAGGAUCUACUCUUUUACUCCCCCCACGCCGAGAUCGGGGGACGAUCGCGACCGAUUGCUGAGAUUGUCCCCGAAACGCUGCAAUCGGACGUCUUACAUUACUAUCACACCACGUUGGAAGGAGGACAUCAGGGAGUGGGGCGUACCUACCAGCGGAUCAGGGAUCACUUCCACUGGAGGGGAUUACACCGGAGUGUUCAGCAAUAUGUGGGGGAAUGCGUGGAUUGCGAAACAGGAAAAGGAAAACCGUUGAUCCGGGGCGAAUCACCAGGGAACUUGCAGGCGACGUAUCCAUUCCAGAUUAUUGCGAUGGAUCACAUACCGUCGCUACCCAGAUCCCACAAGGGAAACAUGGAGUUAUUGAUCUGGGUCGAUCUGUUCACAGGAUAUGCAAGCUCCUUCCGAUCGGCCCAGACGGUGGCGAAAUCGUACGAAGAGUGCGUAUUACGGCGAUUUGACGCCAGUGAGAUGAUCCGGCAUGAUCGGGAACCCGGUUUCAUCUCCGAUUUCUUCCGGGUGUUUAAUAAGAUCCUGGGACAGCGGCAGCGUGCUACGCUGGUAUAUCGGUCACAAGCUAACGGGACUGCUGAGAGAAUGGUGCAGACCGCGACCAGGGCGCUCAAGAUGUACGUCCGCGAUCUUGAUCAGAAGGAUUGGGACGAAUACGCUGAGCGCCUUACUUUCGCGAUCAACACGGCUCACGAUCGGAUCCGGGGAGAUACCCCUCACUAUUUGGUGCAUGGGUGGGAUCCGAGAUCGACCUUGGAGGCUACACUGCCGGUCGGAUACGGCGCGAUUGAGACGCGCGGCGGUGGCGAUAUCGAGUCCAGCGAUAUUAUCAGCAAUCCCGAGAACAAAUUGAAGGAGGUCACGGCAGAUCGGGCCGACCGACACAACGAGGGCGUCAGAUCACACCAGAUCGAGGCCGGAUCUCGCAUCUGGUUAUAUCUAGAUCGGGUGAAGGAAGGAUAUGCGGGGAAAUUGGCUCACCUAUGGCAUGGGCCGUUCCGAGUCGCCGAGAAGAUCAACGAAUUCAGCGUCAUGCUCGAGAUCGCAGGUACCAGGUACCAGAUCUUCCCAGUAGUUCACGUGUCGAAGUUGAAACUGGUCAAGGAUUUUCCGGAUCGGCCGCGAGUGGAACUUACGGUAGAUGAGGCGGAUCGUCUCGAUCUCGACGAGAUCCUGCUCCCGGAGGACAGUUGGGUCCCGGAUCUAGGGGCCGAUGAGUAUGAAGUCGAUCGGAUCUCUGAUGUGCGGAGUGGGAAGAAGACGCGAUUUGGUCGGAUCUACCGAGAAUUCCUGGUGCAUUGGGUAGGAUAUGAUGAGACGACCUGGGUCGACGAAGCGGAUCUCAACAGCGGGGCAAUAUUGGGCGCGUUCCUGCGAGAACGGGCUAAUCGGAACCGCUUCAAUGUGAUGCUGUGA